GUGAGAAAGUGCUUCGUUACCACGGCAACGGGGGUGCCACGUGCAGGUCGAGGGAGACGCUCGGCCUUCCGUACCGGGCGACUGAGCCUCGUUGCGGAGCGACGCGGUCGCCGAGCAUUGCGCUCAGUCCAGGUCAGUUUUCAGCUGGAAAGAGCGCGCCGUGCAACAAGUGGGCCGAGUGGAGCCAUGGAGGCGCUGCGAAACGUCAUCAAGCAGAGCCAGGGAAGGGACCGUCUUCUCAGAGCCACCCAGUUCGCGUCCGCCCUGUGCGCGCACGCUCUGCGAAAUCAGUCCCGGCGAAAGGAGCUGGUGACCAAAUUCAAGAGUCUGGAGGCCAACUUGAGUGUCGGACGAAAGUUGUUCAGGCUGGGGAACGCCAUGGACGCCGGCGAGGCGGCCAAGCGGAGCGCGCGGCUCUCCGACCCGGUGCUUUGCCUUUGCCUGACCGCGGCCAACGUCAACCGCGCCCUCUACUUGAUGUGCGACAACGCGCUGUGGGCCGCCGGCGCGGGCCUCCUGCCCGAUCUGGACCGGGGCCGCUGGGGCGCCGGCGCCUGCCGCUUCUACCUGCUCUCGCUGGUCAUGAGCCUGACCCGAGACGCGUACCUCGUGCUGCGGCUCGCGCUGCGGCACGCCGGGGACGAGCGCUUCCGGCGGCAAAUGAUUUUGCAUCUGAACCAGAGUCCCCAAGUGGCCCCCGCGGUCAUCCCUCAUUUGGACGCCCUGGUGCUCCUGCUCCUGCGCGGCUUCAAAUCGCAGCCGGCCGUCCUUUUGGACGCCGUCAAAAAUGCGUGCGAUCUGUCCAUGCCGCUGGACAAGUUGGGGAUCUACCGCUCGGAUCCGGGCACGCUGGCCUUUUGCGGCCUGCUCUCCUCGCUCAUCGGCAUCGUGACCCUGGUGCGGCCCGAGCUGAGACUGGAAGCCUGAGGCCUCUUCCCGCCCCCGCCGCGGGACUUGCGGCCGCGCCAUCGCUCCGGAGGCGGCGCGAUACGUUUCCG